AAAGGGCUGACGUGUUUUUAGCCGCGGAAGGGUGAAAAUGGCGAAAUCGAAAUUUGCAAAGUGCGCGAAAAUAUUGGUUGUUUUUGACGUAAUAUCCGAUUGAUAAAGUAAAACGUUUACUUUUGUUGAAUUACAUAUAAGAAAAAAUAUAACUCUAUAGUAACAGUGAACUUGUCAUUCUCGUUUCUCUUUGAAAUUUUAAUACUAAACGACCUUUGGGUCUGUUUGUACACAGCGGUGCGUAGUGCACUGUGGGACAGCAAUGGUGGGCGCGUGAUUUUGAACAAAUUCGAGGUAUUAAAGGAACACCCAGGGACGUAAUCAUGUCUAUAAAUAAAGGACAAAAUGCUAGAGCAUUGGUUGAACCAUUAGCUCUUGAUUCACGUACACUUGGUGAUGGAGACUUGAGUGCACUGAGUCUAUCGCAUAAUAAUGAACAAUAUUCAUCCAAUGACUUUGAAGCAUUUGCAAAUAUUCAAGCUGAGUUAGAAUGCAUGAAUGCUGAAGAAGUUAUGACAACGGAUGAAGAGCAUAUAAUAAUUGGACGUAAUAUUGAGACUGAAACGAUUGUACCUGAUGUGGAAAUGACUGAAGUUUCUGAACAAGCUCAAGAGGAACAUAUUAUCUAUACAACAGCAAAUCAAAAUAAUCAAAAUAUUGUAUUUCAAACAAAACCAACGUUACAAAGGCUUCCUGCAUCUACAGUACAGGUAAAGUCAAAUGUUGGUCAAGUUACACAAAGUCAGUCUAUUAUGAUAGUCUCUCCAGCUGGUGGUCAAGGUACUAGCCAAAUUUUAAAAAUUUCACACCCGUCAACAGCAUCGGCUGGUCAAUUACAAUCAUUAGCUCAGACUCUCAUAACGGCAAAAUCUGCUGAUGGUAAUAUAGUUCAGUUAAGAUCUGCACAACCUAGUAAGCCUGUAAUGGCAACUAGUCAUUCAGGAAAUAUCACAUUAGGAAGUGUACAGAAUGCAAAAACAGCUCAGUCUGCUAUAAAACGUACUGCACAGAGUACCUCUCAAAAUCGAAAUGUAUAUACAAAAAUGAUACUAGCUGGAAAUCAAGCACAAUCAGGUCAACAAGUUCUUAUAGCAAGUUCUCAAAAUGAAAAUCAACAAACACAGGCAAUAAAAUUUUUAAACAAUAGUUCAUCAAGUCAAGAUGUUACAAGUCCAACAAAAACUAUAACAUUAGCACAAGCACAACAAAUGGGAUUACUUUCCACUAACAAAGUUCAACAUAUUUUGCCCUCAACACCACAGAAACAAGUGAGUAUAAAGAAAAAAGGAAUAAUUGUAAAUAAAUUAGUGCAAUCAUCAAGUUCUCAACCCUCUAAAAUGACUAUAGUUCCAAGUAAUACAAUCAAAUCGCCAACAAAGAUAUUACCUGCUCCUACAGUAAACACACAAGUUAAAGCUUCGACAAUUUCAAAUCAGCAAUCAACAUUUUCCUCUUCUAAUAAAUCAUCUGUCCAACAAAGUCCACAGAAAGUGAUUAUACGACAGAGUUCUUUAAAACCUGGAACUGUCCUUGGAAGUGGACAAGUUAUUAGAAUACCAGCAAAUCAAAACAUUGUUACUGGAUCUAAUCAAGUACAUCAAAUACAAAUGCCUGGCAGACAAGUGCAAUAUGUAAGAUUAGUUAGUACUCCAUCAUCAGGUACUACAAAUGUUGUUACUGUGGGUAAAACGAAAUCGCAAACAACUUUACAAACUGUUGGAGUUGGCCAAAAAAUAGGAGGUCAACAACAGAUUGUUAAGGUAGUUCCAUUAAAUACUAGCAAUCAGCCAUUAAGAACAGUUGCACCUAAGGCUACAUUAACAGGAAGUGGGCAAAGAUUAUUAAUUCCAGCAACUGCAACAGUAGCCAAUCAAUCAAAAAAUGCAGUUGCUAUCCCAGCAUCUGCUUUAAGUCAAUUAGCAUCUGGGCAAGCUGUUCUUUCAACUAAUUCGAAUGUGGGAAAUAUUGUAGUUUUACCAGCCCAAUAUAUUCAACAACAGCCAGCAGAUGAUGUAAAAUUGAAAUCUCAACAAGCAACAUCUGGUUUACUAAGUAAUACACAAAAUUUGCAGACUUCAACAGGGACUUUAUCUGUGGGAUCUGUUAUAGAAAGUAAAAGCUCUCAAAGAUCAUAUACCAGUGUUGAGCCAAAUGGUAUUCGGCCGAGAAAACCAUGCAAUUGCACUAAAUCACAAUGUCUUAAAUUAUAUUGUGACUGCUUUGCGAAUGGAGAAUUUUGUCAUAUGUGCAACUGUAAUAACUGUUCUAAUAAUCUUGGAAAUGAAGAGGAAAGGCAACGUGCUAUUAAGUCCUGUUUGGAGCGUAAUCCAAAUGCUUUUCGUCCAAAAAUUGGCAAAGGUCGUGAAACUGGCGAUGAUAUACGUAGACAUAACAAAGGUUGCAACUGUAAACGAAGUGGAUGUUUAAAGAAUUAUUGUGAAUGUUACGAGGCUAAGAUUCCUUGCUCUGCUAAUUGUAAAUGUAUAGGGUGUCGUAAUGUAGAAGAACCGAAUUUAGAGAAGAAAUCUUUAAAAGACCUGGCCGAAGCAGCUGAAGUGAGAACUGCACAACUUACGCUAAAUAAGACAAAAUUACAAUUAUCGGAAAUGGCUUUUAGGCCACCAGCUACAUCAAAUACUGGUGCAAGGCAACCAUUUAAUUUUUUGACUGAUAAAGUAGUACAAAUAACGUGUGAGUGCUUAAUGGCGCAAGCUGAUGAAGCAGAACGUAACAUGUUUGAUGAUGAAACAUCACAAAGACUUAUAAUCGAGGAAUUUGGUCGCUGCCUCAAGGAAAUCAUAGAAUCAGCACAUAAAGCUGAAGCUACCUAGCAGGUACAUUCUAAGGAAAAAUAUAAUGUUCAAAAUGUUCGAAGUUUGCGGACCUAUUCUGAAGUCACAAAAUUGAAGAUGUUAGUUAUUGGUACUUCUUAAUUUGAUAAUUGGUCAUACUAACUAUAUACAAGUGUUACAUACCAAAGAUAAUGGUGAAAGGUAUUAAAAUGUUAUACAUUCAACCGUUUUCUUAUUUUGUCUUGCUAAUAUAUGAAAGGUUUUUUUUUAUAAUUAUAAAUUGCACAUACGUACUUUCGAAAUUAUAGGUAUGUUUAUCAUAGCAUAGUGAGUGCUCAGUUAUGUAUGGUUAAAAAGUUUAUUACUAAAUUAUUUUUAUUUUCAUUGAGAAUUUGAUAAAAAUAAUAUAAAAUUAGUUGUUAUUUUAUCAUGUAAUAAAUCAAGAAUAUAAAAGCAAGUUUAGAAACAAUACGGUUGAAUGAAAUUUUACAUGAAAAUUUGUAACACAAAUAUAUAAGAUAACAAAAAAUAUUUAUAUAUUUGUCAAUUACAUUUUAAAAAGAUUUUAUUGGAAAUUAAGAGGCUAAAAUAGUAAGAAGUAUCUGUACAUUGAAUGUUCUAUACUUCGUAUCCAAAUUUGAAUUUCUAAUUAAUUAAUUCCUGAUUAGCAUAAAAGUUCAGAUUUUUUAAUGAAAAGAAAUGCAUGUAUUCAUAGAAUAUUGGAUAAUGAUGGAGUUUUAUGGAAUAGCGAAAACACUCGAUUUUUUAUUGUUAGGCAAUGUGAUUAAUGAGCUCAAAAUUAAAUGCGUUUAAUGUAAUGGUUUAUAUUAUUUAAGAUUUUUCAUAUUGCAUGUUAAUUUAAUAUAUUUAUCUUAAAUCGAAGAAAUGAUUUUUCUUGGUUAAUUUCAGAAUAGCUCGGUGUAUAUAUAUGUUAGUUUAAAAGUUUACAAGAGAGAAACACUAAUUUCCGAUGAAAUUAAAUUUGUUUAUAAUCGUUAUCAUUAUCAAAAAUAUUUGAAAAACUUAUGUUAUUUAUAAAAGUAAGAGUUACUCCAGUUAUUUCUGAAUAAUGUUGUAUUUUUAUGAUCUUUUCUUUAUCGAUGUUCUUCAUCUAUAGCUAAUAUUAACAGAUUUUUUAAAAGGAGGUUGGGAAAUUUUCUUUCAUUGCGUUAUGUUUGUGCAUCUUAUAAUUAGCAUACUUUUGAAGAAAAUAUAUUAGUACAUUUCCGUACGUUUUCUUACGAUAUGUAAUAUCGCACAACUUUUAACAAUUCUAAAAUAAAAGUUUUUCAUUAUGCGUUGCAAUAAAUUGUCUCUUUGAAUUUAAUUAUUAUUGUAUAUUAUUUAAUAUGAGGAAUUAUUUAAAUAAUUAAUGACGGAGCAUUACAGUAAAUUAAGAUAUCGAGAAUGCAAUUGUCUAAUAUAUAAAUUAAAGAUUUGAUAGGUACAGAUAAAUGGAUAUUUCUCAUCAUGUGUUGACUUUAUUCAUCACUGCAGUAGUAAUAAUAUCUGUCUGCCAUUAGAGGUGAUUAAAGUAUAACUUUUAUGUAGCAAAUUAAUAUAAAAUAUAGAGAGUUUAUAUAUUAUAUAUAUGGAAUAGUGUAAGAACAAGUGUAAUAUAGGUACAAAUACGUAUAAAAUACAUAUAUAUUCAUAAAAUUCAUACUUCAAAUGAUAAUGUUUAUUUUAAGUAUAUAAAUUGUACAGAUUCAUAAUAUAAUAAGAUAAAAAUUGUGUGAAUAGAAAUUGAGGCAUUUAUUUAGAUGUCUCAAAAGAAAAUUACGGUAAUGAAAAAUUAAUCGUAUGUUUCUACUUGUUACAUGUCAUUUGUAUAACAGAUUAAAUAUAGAAAUAUAAAUUUAAAAUUAACAUUACAAAUUUUGCAAAUGAUGCUGAUACAUAUAUAUAAGAAACUACUACUAUGUACAGAUAAUAUUUGUAUAUCUAAGUAUAUCUUUAUAAUUUGUCCUCUGUACAUAGGGAGAAAAAAAUCUGAUAUCAUAGAGUUUAAUAAAUAAUUUAUUCCUUUAACUUAGGAAAAUUUAUUUAAAUGAAUAAAUAAUUUCAUGAUCACAUUGUACAAUUAAUAUGUAAAAAGUUUUAACUGAUUUAAAAAUUCCAAUAUAAUGUAAAUAGAUAAUACAUAAAUUAUAAUGAUAUUAUAUGUUAUUUGAUAUCAGAUUUUUCAUGAUGGUGAUUUAAAUAAUGUUAAAGUAUAUGUAUGAAGAUAAUGUAUGUAUAUACAUGUCGGACACAUGUACCUUUCAAUAAAUCUUACGUUUACAUAGCAAGCAUUGAAUUAUA